AUGCCUUCUGCUAACGAUAAGCCUCUCGUGAUCAAAUACACCAAAGCGAUUCCAGAAGCGUAUCUUCCAAGCAAAGGAUUAAUAAAGGCGGCAGGAUAUGACUUAAAAAGUGCUCUGGAUUGUGUGGUAUCGGCACGAGACAAAGCUCUGGUCGACACGGGCCUUAAAAUCGAAUUACCGGAAGGCUGUUAUUUAAGAAUCGCACCCAGAUCUGGAUUAGCUGUGAAGAAUUUUAUUGACGUUGGAGCCGGCGUCGUAGAUGAGGAUUAUAGGGGCGUUUUAAAGGUAGUUUUAUUUAACCACUCCGACUCAGAUUUCGAUAUUAAAAGUGGGGAUAGAAUUGCCCAACUCAUAUGCGAAAAAAUUUAUUAUCCUGAUUUGGAGGAAGUACAGGAAUUAGGGGACACUGUCAGAGGUGAAGGUGGAUUUGGAUCUACUGGAACUAAAUAAUGUGAUUUUUUUUUGGUAAAUGCUUCCUAAAUUUGGGUGUUUUUGUACUAGAAAAACAGUUUUUGAUUGUAUUAUUCCCCUUCACUGUUUUUCACUUGAUAGUAUUAAUUAUGUGUUCAAAUAUUUAAUUUAUGUUUAACCAAAUAUAUA